AUGACGACUUUUGAAAUCCCGACUGAACAAUGGGCCCAGGUCUGCGAAAAGACCGGCGGACCCGUCGUAUACAAGAAGAUUCCUGUCCCCAAGCCAGGACCUGAUGAGGUUCUCAUCAACAUCAAGUACUCUGGUGUCUGCCACACAGACUUGCACGCCCUAAAUGGCGACUGGCCCCUUCCCACCAAGAUGCCCUUCGUCGGUGGGCACGAAGGCGCUGGUAUUGUCGUUGCUCGUGGUGAGCUCGUCCGCGACAUCGAGCUUGGAGACUACGCCGGUAUCAAGUGGCUGAACGGAUCGUGCUUGACUUGCUCGUUCUGCCAGGCGUCUGAUGAAUCGCUGUGCCCCGACGCCUUGUUGUCCGGUUACACGGUAGACGGUAGCUUCCAACAGUACGCCAUCGGCAAGGCGGCUCACGUCGCCAGGAUCCCGAAGGAGGUCAGCCUCGAGGCUGUUUCGCCCAUCCUGUGCGCUGGUCUGACGGUGUACAAGGCGCUGAAGGAAUCCGGCGCCAGGCCCGGUCAGCAGGUCGCCAUCGUCGGUGCCGGAGGUGGUCUGGGCAGCUUGGCCAUCCAGUACGCCAAGGCCAUGGGCCUGCACACCAUCGCCAUCGACGGCGGUGAAGAGAAGGGCCAGCUCUGCAAGUCGCUCGGGUCCGAGGACUACAUCGACUUCACCAAGAGCAAGAACGUGGUGGCAGACGUCAAGGCCGCCACGCCCGACGGCUUCGGUCCCCACGCCGUCCUGCUGCUCGCCGUCAGCGAGGGCCCCUUCCAACAGGCUAGCGAGUACGUGCGCAGCCGCGGCUCCAUCGUCGCCGUCGGCAUGCCCGCAGGCGCAUACCUCAAGGCGCCCGUCUUCGACACCGUUGUGCGCAUGAUCAACAUCAAGGGCAGCUACGUCGGCAACCGCCAGGACACCGCCGAGGCCAUCGACUUCUUCCGGAGAGGGCUGGUCUCCUCGCCUUACAAGGUCGUCGGCCUCAGCAAGCUGCAAGAGGUGUUCGACCUGCUGAAGGCCGGCAAGAUCGCCGGUCGGUACGUCGUCGACACGAGCAAAUAG